UUAACUUUUGCUCGCCUGUGCCUUGCCCUUUCGUUUCGUUUCGUUACGUUACGUUCAAUUUUGUUUUGCGUUCGCUCCAGAAAACAACUUCAGCUGUAACCGAGAGCGGGGAGUGAGAAAGGAAGCAGAUGGCCGAUACAAUAAGCACAGCAGCUAGCAGCAUGGACCUGGGCGGCAACAAUGGGCUCAUCGUGGAUAUGACGCCGACGGCGGCAGCGCUGCUGCAUCACAAUGCGCUGGCGCUGCGCAGUCUGAAGGAAGCGGCGGCGGCUGUCAGUGCAAGUGAAGCGGAACAAACGGAUGCGCGCUCGCUGGCAGCGACGCCGACGCCGACGAACCUCAGCACGGGCGCGCACUCACCGCCGCUGAGUUUUCGCUGCGAGCGCUGCGAUAACUUUGAGACAAAUUCGCGAGCGUCGCUGCUGCUGCAUGUGGUGCAAUGUUUGGCGGCGGGGCAGGCGGCGGCGGCAGUGGCGGCGGCAGCGGUGCGGCUGAAGAGCGAGGAGCAUGAGGAGCCGGAAAAUAUGAGCGUUAGUCAUAUGGAGACGGCCAAAUCAGGCGGCGGCGGUAAUUACGGGUGCUGGUGCGGCAGGCGGCUCAUGGACGGAUGGGAGGUAUAUCUCAAGUCUUCCGCCAGCAGUUUCACCUGCAAGAGUAAUGGCAGAACGGCAGCUUAUAUGGUGCUAUGGGCUAGGCGAGUAGGCGCAACAAACGCAUCACGCAAAGUUUUCGAAUGCGAUGUUUGCAACAUGAAGUUCUCAAAUGGCGCCAAUAUGCGGCGCCACAAGAUGCGGCACACGGGCGUGAAGCCCUACGAGUGCCGCGUCUGCCAGAAGCGUUUCUUUCGCAAGGACCAUCUGGCCGAGCAUUUCACCACGCACACCAAAACAUUGCCCUACCAUUGCCCCAUCUGCAAUCGCGGCUUCCAGCGCCAGAUCGCCAUGCGCGCUCACUUCCAGAACGAGCAUGUGGGUCAGCACGAUCUGGUGAAGACCUGCCCGCUCUGCAGUUAUCGUGCCGGCUCCAUGAAGUCGCUGCGCAUACAUUUCUUCAAUCGUCAUGGCAUCGAUCUGGACAAUCCCGGGCCGGGUGGCACUUCGUCGCUGCUGCUGGCACUGGAGUCGCAGGCAUCAGCGGCGGCUGCUGCAGCAGCGGCCAGCUAUGUGCCACAAGCGCUGGCCAACUUGCCACAGCAGCAGCAGCAGCAGCCACAGGUGCCGCCACCGGCGAGUCAUCAAAGUGAUAGCGGCGAAUCGGUGCGUUCGCUGGAGAAUGCCACGCCCCCCAUGCACUUUCUCACGCCGCACGUGGAGAUCUCCACGCUCAACGAGCAGGGCAACACGGAACUCUACAAUCUGAUUUGCGUUUUGCGUGAAUCUGCUUUACAGGGCAACAACAACAACAACAGCACAAACAUCAACAACAACAAUGGGGAGUUGGACACUGGCAACAGCUGUGAGAAGCUCAAGGAGCACACGCUGAUUCUGCAAGCGCCGCAAGAUUUGCCCAUGGAUUGCAACACAAAGGCCACGCCCAUUGCCAGCAGCACUACCAAGAGCCAUCACCAACAUCAUCAUCAUCACCAUCAUGAGAAUCACAUAACGCCCUCCAUAAGUCUCAUACCCAUCAAACAGGAACCUUUGCUGGAGGAUGCGGAGAAGAAGGACUCACUGCUCAAUGGUCAUGCGGAUGCCAAUAGCGACUCCGAGCUUAGCACCAACAACAAUAAUAAUAAUAACAGAAUCACCUCAUUGAUCAAGGUCUCCCCACUCAAGUCGCUGCUGCGCGAGGAUCUGAAGCGACGCAUUUGCGCCAAGGCCAACAAUCGCAUAACACGCAAUGCCACACCGCUGGAGCAUGAGCUGCAGAACAUGCCACAAAAUAUGACGAAUGGCAGCGGCGGCAAUGGAGCUGCCUCCAACUCCAGCGGCUCAGCCACGCCCAAUGGCAGCCACAAUGGCAGCAGUGGCACGCCCAUUUGCAAUGGCACCAUUACCUCGACGGGCCAGGAGAGCGAGCUGCUGCUCAAUCGCAAGCAGAUACUCACUUGCCACUUUUGUGGCAUCGAGUUUCCGGAUGAGACGCUCUACUUUCUGCACAAGGGCUGCCACUGCGAGAGUAAUCCGUGGAAGUGCAACAUCUGUGGCGAGCAGCUGAACAAUGUCUAUGAGUUCAACUCGCAUUUGCUGAGCAAGAGCCAUCAAUAGCAGCCACAGUUGGUCGGCAAGUGAAGUGGCCGACGGCUCAAGAAGCUCAACAGCAUACACACACAUACAUCUAAAUAAAUAUAGUUUUAAUAAUAUUUUGAGAAAACAAUAAUAAUGAGAGCUACGUAGUUACCUAAAGUCCCCAAAACAGCAACAACAACAGUAACAACAACAGUAACAAUUGUUAACGAGAAUAAUAUUAGAGAGCAAACUUCCCCCUGUACCCUGUUAUGUAGUGUUAAUAAUGCAACAUUUUAGUCUGUAGUCUGGUGUAAAUUCUAAGUGCUCCAAUCAAGGCAAUAACGUCAUUUUUUCCAGCCAGUGUAACUGGCUUACGUCUUACGUUACGUAAGCGCAAAUGCCUCAAAGGCGUUGCAUUGUUUUUAAUAUAAACACAAAUACACACACACAUACACACACACACACAUACAGUUGUCCAUAAGAGUAUGCGUACGCACUUGAAAACUUUAACCGAGGGCUUUCAAUUUGUUAUGUUUUUCAGAGUUUAUUAGAACAGCAGAAAACAAGUUUGAUCUAUAUAGAACAUAUAUAUACUAUAUACACAACAGUUAGACACACACACACAGUAAAAGAUAACACAUUUAAGAUAUAUAUUAUAUACUCGUACCUUUUACUUAGCUCUUAGUUAAGCUAACUUAUAAAACUUGCAAUACUUACAAGAAAAAAUCUAUAACGAAGAAUCCAAUGUUAUUAGUACGUCUAACAAAACAAAGCGUAUAUUGUUCGCACAGUGCUGCUCAAAAGUUUGCAUACAACAAAGCAAAGCAAAGCAAUGAAACGGAAUAUUAUUUAGUUGCCUCUUCUUAUUGUUAACAAAU